AAACAGCACUUUUUACACAUAAUAUAAGGAAACUAUUCUGUUCCUGUUUAGCAUGCGCCUUUGCACAGAAUCUUAUGAGUACAAAGUAUCUUUAAAACUUUAAUACAGACAGCCAAAAACAUAAAGAUAAUCUUCAAGCUUAAAUGUAUGUGGAGAUGUUGGGCUUUCAGUGAAUGUAAUGCAGUAGAAGUCUUUGUACAUGUGCAGCAUGAAAUACAAUCCUUCCCCCUGUUCACAUUUGGAGCUGAACACAUCCCGCCAUCAGGAGUAGCGUUACAGUCUAAUCUGCCUGAGCGUGUGACACCCAUGUUUCUCUACAUGCUAAUCUUCAUGGCGUAUCAUAGCAGCAGAUGGAUACCAAGGACUCAAAGGCUAAAAUUGUAAGUGCUGUUUUCAUAAGUCAUGAUAAUCAGUUUUGAUCGGAUGUCUGUUGAUAUAAACAUUCUCCUUGUAAUGAGUUUUUACCUAACACUGUUUUAUUCCAUUUGAAGUCAAAUAGUGAAUGCAGUGUUUACAGCACUUGUCCUGGUCCCUAAGUUCUACGUCAUGGGAAGGCCAACAUCCUCAAGAUACUGCAGGCAGCCUCUUCUGAACAACCUGUCAGCCUCAAUUGCCUUGUCCUUCAUAGCUUCAGGGUUUUCAGUGAUAUUCACACUGAUAGACCCAGUUCCUCAGAGCUUGUGGGCCUCCUCUCAUUUAUUUGGCCUGCUGACAUGUGGACAAGGACUAUGCACGACCAUCCUGACUCUGACAGCAGCACCAUGUGCCAAAACCACCCCUGAACUGUACUACAUUUCCCUGAUUUUAACUGUGGCUUCUAUCUUAAGUACAGGUUUCUUCAUGGUGAGAGGAGCACUCUGGUUGACUAACAGGAAGCUUGCGCCAGACCUGAGCAGAAACAAUGAGCAGUGAAGUAGUCCAGCUCUCCCACGUCGACAUCUGAUACUCCACCUAUUAACAUUUAAUGUGGUUACCAUGCCUCUAGCAGCUGGUAACUUCAAACCUGGAAUCUGACUUAAUCCUUCUCACGUUUUAAUGCUCACUUCAGAAAAACAUCACAAAGCAGGUGUUUGUCUCAGCUGUUUGCUGGUAGUGAUAUUUCAUUCAAAAAAAAAGCAACAU